CUGUCAUUUGCAGUGAAAAUUUUUACUAAAAUCGUUAGCGUUCCGUAUGGUGGUAAAAAAUCGUAAAUUUUAGCUCAAAAGAACAGAAAAACUAGAAAAAAUCUGCAUUGUACUAUGAACGGAGCUGUCGUGAUGGGUGGUAACAACGAUUAUACUAAUAGUGGUGGUAGCAGCAACAGUAACAUUAACGAGUCUUCUCCCGGUCGGGAUGAUUACCGUAAAGACGGUUCGGAAGAACCAUCUCCAUCGAAGACGUCAUCUAAACGUGACAAAGAUCGCGACCGGGACAACCGUGAAAGCCGCGGCAAAGACCGUGAGCGUGAGAGCCGUGAUCGCAGCCGAGACAGAGAUCGUGGUCGUGACCGUCGCGAUCGCGAUCGAGAUCGUGAUACAAAAAUACCACAAUACAUCACCCAGCCGGUUUAUGAUCUUCGCCAGUCGGGCGAUGUAGCGUUCGGACCCGGGACCCGGUCGGCUUUGCUGGGCAUCCUGGGCGGUGCUUUACCACGGCUCACCACCGAACAGCAUGAAUUGGUAACCCGUGCCAAAAAGUACGCCAUGGAACAGAGCAUUAAGAUGGUACUGAUGAAGCAAACGCUGGCCCAUCAGCAGCAACAGUUGGCCAGUCAGCGUACCCAAGUUCAGCGGCAGCAGGCACUGGCCUUGAUGUGCAGAGUUUACGUGGGCAGUAUUUCAUUCGAGUUGAAAGAAGAUACAAUCCGCGCCGCGUUCCUACCGUUCGGGCCCAUUAAAUCGAUCAAUAUGUCAUGGGAUCCCAUCACACAGAAGCACAAAGGGUUCGCUUUCGUUGAGUAUGAAAUACCCGAGGGAGCACAACUUGCACUGGAACAAAUGAACGGUGCUAUGCUGGGAGGACGCAACAUCAAAGUUGGGCGACCUAGCAACAUGCCCCAGGCUCAACAAGUAAUCGAUGAAAUCCAGGAAGAAGCUAAAAACUACAAUCGUAUCUACAUUGCAUCCAUUCAUCCAGACUUAACCGAAGAAGAUAUAAAGAGUGUCUUCGAAGCAUUCGGACCGAUUGUCAUCUGUAAGAUGUCUCAAGGUAGUGCCGCUCACACACAUAAAGGGUAUGCAUUCAUCGAAUACCAAACAAACCAGUCGGCGAUCGAAGCAAUCGCUAGCAUGAAUCUUUUCGAUUUAGGUGGACAGUUGCUAAGAGUUGGUCGUUCCAUUACACCACCGAAUGCGUUGAUGGGUCCAGCUGCUAAUUCGGCGAUGCCAACGGCAGCGGCCGUCGCUGCAGCUGCUGCAACAGCUAAGAUCCAAGCUAUGGACGCCGUUGCAACCAAUGCCGUGCUGGGUCUGUCGGCUGCAACGCCAACUUUGAAGGUUGGGCUUGGAACCAUGCCAAUCACGCAAACGAUUACCACAGCCACGAAUGCCACUUUAGUAGCACAAGCGGCGGUCGGUCAAGCAGCAGCUAUCACCCAACCAGGAUUGCUCGUUCCACCAGUGACAAAUGUAACUAGUUUGACAUCUUCAUUACUAGGCAAUCCUGUGCUGGCUAGUACAGCUGUACCACUGCAAUCAGUAUUGAGUGGAGCUAAUCCGGCUGCCGUAGCUGCAGCAACUGCGGCCGCUGCGGUUGCAGCAGCAGCUGCUGCUGCCAAUCCGAAUGCUACAGCUGAAGAAGUGCUCAAGAAAGCUCAAGAAAAGCAGCAGGAGGAGUUACAAAAGAAACUACUAGAAGAGGGCGAGCCACAGACCCUGCAGCAACAAGAAACGAUGUCGAUUAAGGGACAAAGCGCACGUCAUUUGGUUAUGCAGCGAUUAAUGCGUCCGCGUGAGAGCAAAGUUGUAAUUCUGCGUAAUAUGGUUGGCCCCGAGGACGUAGACGAAACGCUGCAGGAAGAGAUUCAGGACGAGUGUGGUAAAUAUGGAAUUGUGGAGCGGGUUAUUAUCUACAAGGAGCGCCAAUCUGAAGGCGAUUAUGCCGAGGACGACAACACUGACGUAAUUGUCAAAAUUUUUGUCGAAUUUUCACAGGCCACCGAAGCAGAUAAAGCCUGCGAAGCACUCCACGGUCGCUAUUUUGCUGGCCGGCUGGUCAAGGCAGAAUCCUAUGACCAGGCGCUCUUUGACCAUGGCGACCUGUCUGGUUAAGCUGACGAAACAGACGAAGAGCGUGACCACACUCUGAUCCAUAUUGAAUCCCCAAAUGCAAAGCGUUUCUUGUUUCUGAAAGUAAAUCAGAAACUUUUUCAAAAUCUACUACCCCAGCGCCAGUCAGGAUUAAGAAUAAAAGUGUAUGAUCUAUUUUAUUAUUCACUAUUACUUAUGGCGAACACAUGAUAAUGGACAAAAGCACACGCAAGAUAUAACGUAAGAAAACUCUUGUUAUGACAAUUCAACAGUGAAAAGGAUUAAUUUGCUAAUAAUUUAAUUAUAGACUACAAUAUUAAUUGUAUAUAUACAGGCACGCUUCUCUUCACGAGCGGAUAAAAUAAAGCUUCAUUAUUUUAAAAACUGACACUAUCACAAAAUUAA